AAUAAAGUACCUAACAUAUCUUGUCAUUUGUCACUGUCAAAAACUCUUAUAAAGUAAAUAUCGAAACCAAAGGCAUUUACGGAAUAAAUCUUUAGGAAAAUUAGAGUUUUCUCUAAAUAAUCAUAGGAUAAUGGGGUUGCUUAAAAAGACGACAGGCCUGGUGGGCAUGGCUGUGGCACCUAACCCUCAUCAUACUUUAGGGUCACUAUAUGGCAAAAUUCUCAGAACACUCCAAAAGAUGCCCGAGUCAUCAGUAUAUAGGAAAUAUACUGAACAGAUUGUUAAAGAAAGAGCUGCUGUUUUAAAACAGACAAAAGACACAUAUGAAAUUGAAACUAAAAUAAACUGUGGUCAAGCCGAAGAACUUAUUGUUCAAGCUGAAAAUGAGUUAAAUCUGGCACGUAAAAUGUUAAACUGGAAACCAUGGGAGCCAUUAGUUGCCAAGCCUCCAAAGAGUCAAUGGGAUUGGCCUCCAACUAAAGCUUAAACAAAUGCAUCAAUAGGGGAAUGAAAUAAACAUCUGUUCCAUUAUUAUUCAUAGAAUGUGAUUAUAGUUUUAAUUUGUUUGAAAUAAAGAGACAACAGUAUAAAUUAAA